AUGUCUUUCCAAACUACUUCAAACACCUCCCAACAAACUUCCAAGUCAAAAAUAUCACUUUUAUCUGUGACAGAGUUCUACAAACUCGAUAAAAAAUUGAAAACACCUUACUUAGUUGGUUUAUUCCAGAAAAAUCAGGCAACCGCCAGAUUCAUUUCUAAAUACCAAAAGGCCAAAACCACAAAACCCAAAACAACAAGAAUGAUCAAUUUAUUAAAACAAAGUUACCAAGAAGAUGAGAAAUUAUCAAACAGAGCUCACAAAUUAUUUGUGUCCAUUGCUAUGGACGAAGAUUUGGAAAGCGGAAAUUCAGAAACCGCCGACACAAACACAAAUCAAUCAUCAAUUGAAGUCCAAGAGACUGUUUCCACUGCUAUUCCUGAUCUUACAACUACAAAUCCUGCUGCCUAUACUACAACUACCGCCGCUACUUCCCCUGUUACUUCCCCUGCAGCUUCUGCUACAACUGUUACAAUUACUAAUAUUCAUCAUGCUGCUGUUGCUGGUACAACCAAUAGACAUAGAAUUUUAUUUACCAUUAUUGAGGAAGAUGAGGAAGAUGAUGAUGAAGAUGAAGAAGAAGAAGAAGGAGGAGGAGGAGGAGGAGGAGGAGGAGAAGAUGAAGUAGGAGGAGAAGAUGAUGAUGAAGAUGAAGAGAAAAAUGAAAUUCAUGCUACACAAGGUAUCCCAAAAUCCUUUGGAUCUAAAAUUCUUAUAAGCUGGUACAAGACCAAGACAAAUUGUAAAUGGUUUGCAACGAAUUAUUGCCAAAAAAUCAAGGAAAUAUGGCGGUCUAUUUCAAAAAAGAAUGUGCUAGUUCAAGAGCUUUGUGACCCAUUGGCAGUUGAUGAUACCGCUAACACACAGAUUGCAAAGACUAAGUUUAGUGAAUUGGGUCUCCCUUCAGAUUCUUAUUCCAUUUCUAUAUUAAGGUCUAUCAAAAUGGAGCAAAAACGCUAUGGUUGGGAGUAUCCCGUUGAUUCCUAUACUCAUUAUUUACUUGCUAACCAUCCUAGUGUAUCAUCUAAUAAUUUCGAAGAUUCACCCAAACCUACCAGAAAUCCCAUUUCAUUUACUUCCCGUCACUCCAAAACUACCAACACUUUCAAACAAGAUGAAGAAUGCGAAGACAUAGAAUCCUGCAAAGAGAACUAUUUGCAUCAUGCUGAUUUUGACGAUAUAGAAGUCGGUUAUCGAACUUCAUCUUCGUGCUAUCCAAGCAGUGACUCUAUCCAAAGUUCAUAUUCUUGCUAUCCAAGCAUUGAAUGUAUCCGAAGUUCAUCUUCUUGCUUUCAGCGUAUCCGAAGUUCAUCUUCGGUCUAUCCAAGCAUUGAUUCCUUAAAUUCAUCAUAG